AUGACCACACGAUUACUGCCGCCGUUUCCUUCUCUGUCGGCAGAUAAUUUUCUCUCCAGAGGUUCUGCAGGGCACGUCUACGCCGUCAGCCAGAAUGUGGUUUUCAAAUGUCCGACCCUUUUUGAGAACCCUGUCCAAGCACAAGCAGAAGAGAUGAAAGAGAGCAUCAGGAAGCUGGAAAACGAAAAGGCUGUACAUCAUAUAUUGAUGGAACAUCGACAUCCUAACAUUGUCUAUGGCAUACUUUGCAUUCCGGAAGGCAUUUUUAUGCAUCGCCAGGAAAUGACUCUAGAUUAUCGUAUAGAGAAAUCCUCGGUGUCAGCUAUCAGUCCAAAUAAGCAAGAGCGGUGGAUCCAACAGAUCACCAGUGCCCUAGCUUGGAUUGAAGAUCUCGGUUACGUCCACGGGGACCUUCGGCCCGCAAACAUAUUCCUCAGUGCGAUGGAAGACGUCCGACUCGGAGAUUUCGAUGCAACAGUCAAGAAAGGGGAACAGCUGUUGGUGGCUAGUGAGCCAUUUUGUAAGUUAGACGAAAAUUACGACACCCCCUUAGCCGGCCCGCUCAGUGAGCAAUUUUCGCUAGCAUCUUGCAUUUUCACCAUCCGAUUCGGACACAUACCCUUUCAUACCGUUAAGCCCCAUGUUAGAGUUCGAAACCUUAUUAUGGGUCUAUUCCCUUCAACCUCAUCUGACGUCAUCUUCGGCGAUUUGAUGGACAAAUGCUGGCACGGGCAUUACAACUCAAUUAGAGCCGUGGAAAACGAUAUAAUCUCUCUGCUUGGAACGUGCAGUGUUGCAGAGCAAUUCUUAGAUGGCGAUACGAAGGUUUUGCAUGAUUUCCAAGUCAGUACGUUACAAUCGGAAUGCUACGAAUUCCUGGCAAAAGAAUCUAGGUGA